AUGUGUAACUUUGAGAAAACACCAGUUCUUGAGCACGAAAAAUAUGCAUUUGACAUAGAUAUUCACACGAAGUCACAUAGCCUCCUUCCAGAAACAUCUGUGUAUAAAUCUUCAUAUUUUCGUCGCGAUAGUAAUGAUAGUACAACUUCAGUUGACAAGAUUUAUCAAUCAUCAAUGAGACGUCUUGCUCGCAUAAAUCUGAACAGCGAAAAAGAACAAAGUAGAUUAGAAAUGCAAUAUUGUAUAUUUACUAUACUUUGGAAAAAUAGCUUUUCAUCACCGAUAGAAAAACGACUUAAGGAUGGUGGUGCUUGCAUACUGGUUGUUGGAACCAACCCAUCAAUAAGAACAUUUGACAUGGCACAUACAUACCCUCAUUCAACAUUCAUCGGUCUUGAAAUAUCAUCAUAUUCCUCCUCUUACUUUACCUCACCUCCACAGUCACCAACGCUUGCCGAACUUCCUAAUGCUACGAUUCUUCAUGCUCAUAGCUUAGGAUAUAUACCAUUUCCCGAUGAAACGUUUGAUUUUGUGCUCUGUGAAAAUGGAAGAGUUUUAAAAGUUGGUGGAUGGAUUGAAAUAAUGAUAACAAAGAAUUGUUUGGGUAAUUGCGGCCCUAUUACCCAGGAUCUCGUUGGUGCAUAUUUUGAAUUUAUUGGUGAAAGUUUUGAAUCUGAUUUAAAUGAAAAAAGGUUGGAAGAAUUAAUAAUAUCAAGUAAACAAGUUGAAAAUGUAUUCUGCGAAUCAAAAAAUACAUUAUUAGGGGUUAAUGGUGGAAGGAUUGGUGAACUGUUGACAGAUACAAUUCUUCAUCCAAUAAAUCAUAAUAAAGUUGAAUUAUCAAAAUUUAUGAACAUUUCUUUACCAGAUAUUGAUGAAAUGUGUAAUGCUUCUUACAAAGAGAUCGAUGAUUUCAAAAGUUUUUUUAAAUCUUUCAG